AAAUCACAAUGUGACAAUAACCUCAAAAAUGGGGAAAGCCGUGUUACCGUACCACUAUAAUGCAACUUUACAAUGUCCCUACCAUCAUCAAGUAGCUUAAAACUUCUCAACAAUACAUUUCCAUCACCACAACCUUCUCAUACUACUUGUUCUUUAGUCUACCAAAAUACCAUGCCUAAAUUACAUAGUUUCUGUUUCUUCCUUAUGGAAAUCGACUAUGCUGUAGUAGUAUGUAACAUCUUUACAUGAUUUCCAACACAAAAUUCCUAUCUUAAUUUCCAUCAAAAUCUCCCUCCAUUUAAGUUAUGAAAUGAUGGACUUAUUCAAAAGUGGAACUUUGUUUUUGUAUAUGCUGAUGCUGCUUCUGUUUAGAACCUGCCAAGCCAAUGAUCAACACAUUCACCAAAUAUACCCUGGAUUUAGUGCAUCACGUUUGGAUUGGAACAACCAUAAUGGUUUCUUCUUGCUAUCCAACAACUCAGCUUUUGCUUUUGGAUUCUUUACAACUCUUGAUGUUUCAUUGUUUGUUUUAGUUGUCAUUCAUUUGAGUAGCUACAAAGUGGUUUGGACUGCCAAUAGAGGUUUACUUGUUAGAGAUUCUGAUAAAUUUGUUUUUGAUCAUAAUGGCAAUGUUUAUUUGGAAAGUGGGAAUGGUUUGGUUUGGGAAACAAAAACAAUUGGACAAAAAGUGAGGGAUAUGGAAUUGUUGGAUUCAGGGAAUUUGGUUAUGUUUGGAGAAAAAGGGUCACCAAUUUGGCAAAGUUUUAACCAUCCUACAGAUACCCUUUUGGCUGGUCAAUCCUUUGUUGAAGGAAUGAGUCUUAAAAGUUUCCCUAACAGAUUGAACUUGUUUCAUUACCUUGGUUAUAUAGAUGGUGAUUUGGUUCUUUAUGCAGGUUUUGAAAAACCACAAUUGUAUUGGUCUUUAAUGACAGAAGUUAGUAGAACUUCAAAAAAUAAUGUAACAAAAGGUAAAGUUCACUAUGCUUCUUUGGUAUCUAAUUCAUUUAACUUUUAUGACAAAAGUGGUGGUUUGGUUUGGAAAAUUUUAUUCUCUGAUAAUUCAGAUCCUAAGUCAUUUUUUGCUGCUAUUUUGGAUCCAAAUGGUGCAAUAUCUUUUUAUGAUCUUAACAAAGGAAAGUCUACUAACCCUGAGGUUUUUAAAUUACCACAAGACCCUUGUGGUAUUCCUGAGCCUUGUGAUCCUUACUAUGUUUGCUUCUUUGAGAACUGGUGUGAAUGUCCUUCGCUUCUUCGGUCGCGUUUCAAUUGCAAACCUCCUAACAUCUCAACCUGCUCUAGCUCAACAGAACUUUUGUAUGUUGGUGAAGAUCUUGAUUAUUUUGCACUUAAGUAUGAUGCACCUGUUUUGAAAUCAACACUGAAUUCAUGUAAAGAAGCUUGUGUAAGAAACUGUUCUUGCCUUGUGCUUUUCUAUGAAAACAGUACUGGUAGUUGCUUUCAUUUUGAUCAAACUGGUAGCUUUCAAAGAUUUAAAGGUAGCAAUGGUGGUUAUAUUUCAUAUAUGAAGAUUUCAACUGAUAAUGUUGAGAAUGAUGGAAAGAAUAGUAGUGGAAAAAAGAACAUGCUGCUAGUUUUUCUCAUAGUGAUUCUCACUGUUCUUGUUAUAGUUGGUCUUUUAACUGGAUUUUGGUGCUACUACAAAAAGAAGAAUUUUGAUGAGUAUCAUGAAGACAAAUUAGAGGAAGAUGAAUUCUUUGAUAGUCUCUCUAGUAUGCCGGCACGUUUUACUUAUAGUACACUUGCUAGAGCAACUAAGGAUUUCUCUACAAAAAUUGGUGAAGGAGGUUUUGGAUCAGUGUAUCUAGGUGUACUUGAAGAUGACACACAAUUGGCAGUGAAAAAAUUGGAAGGAGUUGGACAAGGAGCAAAAGAGUUCAAAGCAGAAGUAUCGAUAAUCGGAAGUAUUCAUCAUGUUCAUCUUGUGAAGCUUAAAGGGUUUUGCGCCGAAGGUCCUCACCGGCUUCUUGUGUAUGAAUACUUGGCAAGAGGUUCUUUGGAUAAAUGGAUCUUCAAAAACAGUGAAAACACUUUGUUGUUAACUUGGGAUACAAGGUACAACAUUGCAAUAGGUACUGCAAAGGGAUUAGCCUAUCUUCAUGAAGAGUGUGAAGUUAGGAUCAUACAUUGUGAUAUCAAACCACAAAAUGUUCUUCUUGAUGAUAACUUCAUGUCUAAGGUAUCAGAUUUUGGAUUGGCGAAACUAAUGAGCAGAGAACAAAGCCAUGUUUUCACAACUUUAAGGGGAACAAGAGGAUAUCUAGCGCCAGAAUGGAUAACUAACUAUGCAAUUUCAGAGAAGAGUGAUGUGUUCAGCUAUGGAAUGCUUUUGCUUGAGAUUGUUGGUGGAAGGAAAAACUAUGAUCAAUGGGAAGGAGCAGAGAAAGCACAUUUUCCUUCUUAUGUAUCAAGAAUGAUGGAGGAAGGGAAACUUAGAGACGUUGUUGAUAAAAAAAUCGAUAUUGAUGAUAAAGAUGAAAGAGUUGAGAAUGCUAUUAAAAUUGCUCUUUGGUGUAUACAAGAUGAUAUGAAUUUGAGACCUUGUAUGAGUAAGGUGGCUCAAAUGCUUGAAGGUUUGUGUCAUAUACCUGAUCCACCAUCUUUAUUACAUUCAAGUACUUUUUCAGCUUUCUUGAAAAUGAGUAGUGGAGAAGCUACUUCAUCAGGACAAGCUAGUUUUUUUAGUAAUGUUCCCUUGUCCUGUGUUCAGUUAUCAGGACCAAGAUGAGUUAACUAUAUGGAGAUGAUUCAUGCAUGCACAUUUUGUUUCUUUUAUCAUGCAUGUUUAAUUUUUAUGUUUAUUGGAUCUUACUCAUAGUUAGCGAUAAGUGGUUAAGUCAUUUGAGCAGUAGCGAGUAUUUAAAUAUAAGUAUACUGUACUAUAAACUCUACUUUUAAAUCAUAAUAGAAAAGUAAUGUAGUUGUUUUGUAGUCAGAGAUAUAAAUAGAAUUUCUCGAACUUUGAAAUCAAA